GCCUCUAGAAAUAGAGAAAAGGCAGGAAGUGAUAUCAUAAUAUAAAAUCACGAAUACAAAACAAUAAUGGGAUGCUUGCAUCAUUGAUGAAGAGUAUUAAACAUGUGCAGUGGUGGAAAGUAACUAAGUACAUUUACUCAAGUACAGUACUUAAGUACAGUUUUGAGGUACUUUUACUUUAUAUCUAUUUUAGGGUAUUUUAUACUUAUACUGCACUACAUUUAUUCAAUAGUUGCUAGUUACUUUCCAGAUUAACAUUUUACUCACAAAACAUAUGGACUUGUUGGACCAGUUUAUAAAACAGACUAAUACUUUAAGUACACUUUGUUGCUAAUACUUUCAUACUUUUACUUACUGAAUGCAGGACUUUUACUUGUAAUGGAGUGUUUUAAUAGUGUGGUAUUGCAACGUUUACUUAAGUAGAUGAUUUGAAUACUUCUUCCACCACUGAACUUGCGACUUUUCCAACAUAAUCACAUAUUUAACACAAAAACAAUAUUCACAAGGGUCAGAUAUGCUGAAACAAGUACUGCUCUGGAGGUAACCCACUUAACAUACCAAUAAUAUGUCAAAAAAGAGGUGAUAAGGAAACAAUAAAAUAAAUACAAAUAAUGCAAAGUGAACAUAAAAUAAGAAGAAAAUUAAAAAUUGAUUUUGAAAGUAAUACACAUUGUUCUCCUUGUGUUGGAUAACUUCUGAUUUUAAUGAUUCUCCAGUACUGAAAACAUCGUUCAACAAAGAUAAACACUGAAUCUUGGUGGGUAUACUGUGCUACUGUACAUACAAACUUGUAUAUGAACCACUUGAUAAACAUAUCUGGUCUUAAUGUGUCUUAAAUGUUCAACCUGCACCCGUACAAAUCAGCCAGGGAUCAUCUGGCACCAUGCUGCAGACUUAUCACAGUUUUGUUGUUGAGAACGUUGUUGUGCAGACAGACAGUAUAAAAAGGGGGUGGGAGGGGUUGUGAUACAAACUGACUGAGUGACAGACCACAGUGGAGCUGAGAGACUCCACAGGCUGCAAACUGAACCCAUCUGUUCCCUCGGGCAGCUUGAUCCUCAGUGACCGAGCCGGACACCAACACCAGUCAGCUGCCAGAAGUGGAAAACAUGUCACCGGUAAUAACGCCUAACAGUCUGCUUCCAGGAGGUGGAGUAUGCUGCCAGAGUGCUGCAGCACCAGACAGGACAGCCGCACAGUGAUGGAGAGCCUGUUUUUUCAAGCUUGACAGAGUGUCUGAGAGAGUCUGUUCCUGGUGUGAGCAGCCACCAUGCUGUGCAGUUAUCUGUUGCUUUCCAUCUACAUCCUCACCUUUCUGAUGGGGGUCCCUGCCAACAUCCUGGCCUUCUGCACCUUCUGGCGGAAGGUGCGCCGCAAGGCAGCCCCAAUAGACAUCCUCCUCCUCAACCUCACCAUCUCCGACCUCAUCUUCCUGGCUUUCCUGCCAUUUAAAAUGAAGGAGGCCUCCGACGACAUGGCCUGGAUGCUGCCCUACCAGCUGUGUCCCUUCACAGGUUUUCUGUUCUUCGUCACCAUCUACAACAGCACCCUGCUCCUCACAGCUGUGAGUGUGGAGCGCUACCUAGGGGUCGCCUACCCCCUCAGGUAUUCCCUGUGCCGCAGACCUCGCUACGCCGUGUUGGCCAGCAUCAUGUUCUGGGUGGUGACCUCUCUGAACCUCAGCAUCGUCUACAUCAUGCCUUACGCCCAGUGGAGCAAAGGUGCAGACAGUGACAACAACAAUGGCAGCACCACCAGCAACCCUGCCCUGCCUCCCCCCACCUGCUACCUGAAUUUCACAGAGGAAGAGCUCGCCAUCCUACUGCCAGUCCGCCUGGAGCUCUUCAUAGUUCUCUUCUGCAUGCCCUUCCUCAUCUGCUGCUUCUGCUACGUCAACUUCAUCCUCAUCCUGUCCCGUCUUCCAAACAUCGGCAGGCGCCGGAGGCUGCGUGCCAUUGGUCUGGCGCUCGGCACACUGAUACUAUUCGCCAUCUGUUUUGGGCCUUACAACGCCUCCCAUGUGGUGGGGUUUGUUCAUCAGGACAAUGAGGGAUGGAGAAACGUGGCAUUGCUCUCCAGCACCUUCAACGCCUGCCUGGAUCCAUUUAUCUUCUACUUCUCCUCAGCGGCUGUAAGAAGCAUGUUAAAUCACUGCUUCAGGAACAUCAUGGCAAAGCUGCACAUCCUGAGGUGUGGAGGGGCUCCUCACUGUCCUCACCAGAGACCCUCAAAGACUGAAAAAUACAAGGAAGCACCCCUUCCUUGAAAGUUCAGGAGGAGUUAUUAAUGUAAAUGUGAGUGUUUGUUUAUUUCAUGCAAAAGAAAUAUGGACAAAAUGAAGGGUUGGGAGUUGUUAUUCCAUUCUAACCAAUGAGAGGGGCUACAGACACGUUAGUGUCAUGUCAGUACCUUUUACAGGCAACGCUUGCUCCAGAGCUGAAAAGGGAUGCAAUAAACAUUUCAGUGUGCAAGUUUGUUUGCUGGAAGACAGCACCAUAGUUGCUGAAUUCAUCCAAAAAUAACCCAGAAAUUAACUUAAUUAAGUCGCAGUUUGUGAAAAAAAGUUUUCUCAACAGCGCAAUCUUUAGCUUCGGCCCGUCGUUACAGAAUUUUAAGCUCAUUGAUUGGAUGCUUCUUGCCGAAGUGUAUGGAGCCCCCUAAAGGUCACGCUGAGAAUUUAUUUUUUGCAUUCUCUUGCAAUAAAUUUUGCGUUACCUCACAAUACUUUUCUUCUUCCAUUCCUUCAGAGCCGCAUGUCAUUUCCACUCAGCUGCUCCCAGUGCAAUGCCCCAUAUCAGCUCAUUG